AUGGCCACUGGGACUUCAAGGUUUGAAACGCCCGACGCGAACAUCUGCCAAGCCGGGCUAACCGUUUCUGUACAGACUCGAUCGACUGGUCACGUGAGUGCCACCAACUUUUCUGCUCGCUUGCAUUGGCAGCAACGCCUCCAUGCUCUUCAGACUAACUUGGGUCACAGCUUGCUGGACAAGGGUAGCACUCAGCUCAUCCGAAAUACUGCUGCACAGCAGCUCGCAGACGUUCAGAAACAGAACCCCGACAAUCUCUUCGCACUACUCGGCAGGGUCCUUCCAUACCUGCAGUCGAAAUCAUGGGAUACCCGUACUGCAGCAGCAAAGGCGAUAGGCGCUAUUGUCGAGAACGCCGAGAAGUUUGAUCCUAACGCGGACGAUGUGGACACAAAGUUUGAGCAGCCCGCCAAGGUCGAGGACGGACCUCUGGAGACGGACGAUCUCCUUCAGUUGAGCACCCUCGACAUCAAAUUGAUCCUCACUCAUGGUAAAAAGCUGCUGGGUAGUGCCGGCAAGGAGUAUGAAUACUCCAUGGCCGGGAUGACACCGGCUCAACGCCUUGCCCACCAGAAGCAAAGUCUCGCCGCACGACUCGGCCUUGGCGGUGAGUACAUUGAGGAUGAUCUAGUCAACGAGCACGACUUUGCCGCCAAUUCGCAACAUAAGCUCGCUGCAACACCGGGGCUACCGCGCGUGGAUACUAAGACGUCAAUCAAGAGAAAUGAUAGCCUGGCUUCUCCAUCUCCAUACAGUGCAGUCUCCCCUUCAGAAAGCAACGGCCAGACUCUGGUUGACGAAGCCGGCCUGAGCAAACGCCAACUGAAUCAACUCAAGCGUAAAAACAAGUCAGCCGCUAAAACCGGUGCAAGCAAGAUGCGAGUGGUCGAUCUGUCAGGACGUCGUCCGUCUGAACCUGGCCAGACUUCGGUCCCAGCGACUCCUCAUCCCGUCAAGCUCAAUGGUCACGAGGACUCGAACGGGGAUGCGAAAUCCGAUUACUUCUCCAUCAAACGGGAGGACUCUGACGACAACACCGCGCUUGUUACCGAGUUUAAAGGUGAGGCAGUUCCGGAGAAACCGCUCAUCCAGCCCGACGAUGAGCAUGCCCAUGACUGGCCUUUUGACGUCAUGUGUGAUUUCCUGUCAAACGACCUGUUCGACCCAACCUGGGAAGUUCGGCAUGGGGCUGCUAUGGGUCUACGAGAAGUCCUGCGUGUGCACGGACGUGGUGCCGGUCGACGCUAUGGCAGAUCUAGGGCGGAGAACGAUCUUGCAAACCGGCGAUGGCUGGACGAUAUGGCUUGCAGACUGCUCUCCGUCUUGAUGCUCGACCGUUUCGGAGACUACGUUGCCGAUACCGUGGUGGCUCCAAUCCGCGAAUCAAUCGGCCAAAGCCUUGGGGCUUUGCUGAGCCAAUUGCCUGACGACAUAGCCAUCUCUGUCUACAACUAUCUUCAAGAGAUGGUUAACCAGCGGAAUACAGGUCUGAAGCAACCAAUCUGGGAAGUAUGUCAUGGAGGGAUGAUUGGCCUACGAUACUUCGUCGCUGUUCGAAAGGAUCUCCUCUUGAGCCACAACAGCUUACUUGAUGGUGUCGUUGAAGCCGUCAUACAGGGACUUGCCCAUCCUGACGACGAUGUCAAAUCAGUCAGUGCAGCGACGCUGGUGCCAAUUGCCCAAGAACUCACCACUAUGCGCCCCAAUGCUUUGGGCCAGCUCAUCAGCGUGGUGUGGGAUUGUCUGCUGGAUAUGCAGGACGAUCUAAGUGCCAGUACUGGUGCGGUCAUGGACCUACUUGCAACUCUUUGCUCCCAUAAAGAGAUCAUUGAAGCAAUGCGGAUUAAUGCCGCGGAAGAUCCCGAGCAGACUUUUGAGCGGCUUGUUCCGCGCCUUUACCCAUUCUUGAGGCACACGAUUACCAGUGUCCGAAUGGCGGUCCUCAAGGCGUUGGUGACAUUCCUAAAUCUCUCAGAUGUAAGCAAUUCCACGUGGUUGGGUGGACUCGUGGUACGCUUAAUAUUCCAAAACAUGCUAGUCGAGCGGAACGAAGGUGUUCUGUGGAAGUCCUUCGAGGUCUGGCAAGCUCUGCUUUCAUCUAUGGAACGUCAAGGAUUCUCAACAUUCGGUCCCAGCUUGGAGCCCCACAUCUCUCCGAUGAUUCUCUCGGCUAUCCAACCUAUCGGCCAGAUCCGAAGCCCUAUACCUAUGGACACGUCGCUUCUGAUCAGGCCGAAUGGCGCUCCCAUGGCUCCUAUCACCACCAAGCAUAGGCAAAGUCCCGACUCGGAGUCCCAAGCCAAGAAACGGCGGAAAGUCGAAAAGCCAGAGCCCAAGGAGCGUCUAUCUCACAAUACGGACGGCCAUAUCCUACACGGCGAAGUAGACCUGGUUGGGUUAGAGGUCAUGCUACGGACAAGGAUUGUCUGUGCACGGGCCCUGGGUUUGCUACUGAGCAAACAAGGGGCGUUUGCCAUUAACACUUAUUGGAGCCAUUUGAUUCCGGUAAUCAGCUCUACGCAUUCGAGUUCGAGGUUAUUUGCUGGCAUGAUUCUCGAAGAACUCGCAUAUCACCAACCCACGAAACCCACAAACACACCGGAAUUUGUCUCCCGACUGCAACAAGCUGUCGACGACGAUGGCAACAGCUGGUAUGCAGACAUUGUGUCCUCACUGCAGGCUGCUCGAGGUCAAUGCCAAGCCUUGGUCAGCGCGUUUCAGAAUCAAGCACAUGUCGCCCGGGAUAGACUACCAGUGAUAGCUGUUGUCUGCCAAGGCGAUAGCGGAGCCGGUCCUAAAGCCUUCUCAUUAGCAGAUGCAGAGAGAAUUGUGACAGCAGAUUUCGACCGGCUCCUGAAGAGUUUGACACCAGCCCAACGUGUAUCCGGGACUCAGUACCUGAAUGAUGCUCGCGCAAAUGCAAAGAGCGCUGUGGACGAGGCUAAGAAGGUGAAAGAAGCUCGCGACAUCGCCGUCAAGGCUACAGUUGCGUCGGUCCUUGUCCGACUGGGUGAGGUACCAAAGAAACCCGGACAGGUGAUCAAAUGCAUCAUGGACAGCAUUAAAUCAGAGGCCUUCGAGGAGCUUCAGGCUCGAUCAGCAUCGGCUGUGGCAGGCCUAAUUGACUUCUACACGAAAAGCCCGAAGCGCGGCCCUGUCGACAAAUUAGUGUCGAAUUUGGUCAAAUUCACCUGCAUCGAUACCUCGGAGACCCCGGAGUUCGCCCCCCAUGCCACUUUCGAAGAUAUUGUAUUGUCGUUGAGGAAAGAAGAAGAUAGGAAGGAUCACCCGGAUGCAGCUCGCUUUGAGCAGGAGGCGAAAGAAGCCCGAAUCAUGCGGCGAGGGGCUAAACGGGCUCUCGACGAGAUGGCGCAAGCAUAUGGUGCUGAGCUUUUCAAUAAGCUGCCCGUCCUGCGUUCUCUCAUCGAAAAUCCCAUCCGUGAAACGAUCGAGCCAUCAGACCCAGCUUCUUUGCAAGUCGAUGAGGAACAAGGUCAGUCAUUGGUUGACGCGCUCUCGGCUUUACGUACGCUUGCGCCCGCUCUUCACCCUUCGCUUCACGCCUGGGUGCUGUCGCUGAGUUCCCUCACGGGUAAAGCAAUGAGGAGCAGGCUGUCGGUGAUUAGGUACAGUGCCGCCAAAUGCUUUGCCACGAUAUGCAGCGUCAUACCCACUGAAGGCAUGACGAAAAUGGUGCAGGACGUCCUGCCUAACAUCAGCAAUCCACUUGAUUUGAGAGAUCGACAAGGUAUCACGGAAUGCGUGUAUCAUCUCAUUCAGGCCAUGGGCGACAGGAUCUUGCCGUACGUCAUCUUCUUGAUCGUACCUGUUCUUGGCCGAAUGAGCGACGCCAAUAACGAUAUUCGCCUACUUGCCACAACGUCAUUUGCUACACUGGUCAAGCUGGUGCCUCUGGAAGCGGGGAUACCUGACCCGCCAGGGAUGCCGGACGCGCUGCUUCAAGGACGUGAAAGAGAGCGCAAAUUUAUGGCGCAAAUGCUCGAUCCGAAGAAGGUCGAGCCUUUCCAGAUUCCCGUGGCCAUCAAAGCAGAACUACGGUCGUAUCAGCAAGAAGGGGUGAACUGGCUGGCCUUCCUCAACAGAUACAACCUCCACGGCGUCCUUUGCGACGACAUGGGACUGGGAAAGACCCUUCAGACGCUCUGCAUCGUUGCCAGCGAUCACCACAUGCGCGCCGAAGAGUAUGCCAAGACACAAGCUCCAGAGAUGAAGCGUUUGCCAUCUCUCAUUGUCUGCCCUCCAACACUUUCUGGUCACUGGCAGCAGGAGAUUAAGCAGUAUGCACCCUUUUUGAGCUGUGUGGCUUAUGUUGGACCGCCUGCGGAGCGAACCAGCCGCCGCUGUCAACUGGACCAGGCAGAUGUUGUGAUCACAUCCUACGACGUGUGCCGAAACGACAAUGACGUCCUCAGCGCCAUAACCUGGAACUACUGCGUUCUCGACGAAGGUCAUCUAAUCAAGAAUCCAAAAGCCAAAAUCACCCAAGCGGUCAAGAAAAUCGUCAGCAACCACCGACUUAUUCUUUCCGGUACGCCAAUCCAAAACAACGUCCUCGAGCUCUGGUCCUUAUUCGACUUCCUUAUGCCGGGCUUUCUCGGUACGGAGAAGGUUUUCCAGGACCGAUUCGCGAAGCCGAUUGCCGCAAGCAGGAACGCAAAGUCUUCUUCCAAGGAACAAGAGGCAGGGGCUCUGGCUGUCGAGGCACUUCACAAGCAAGUGCUGCCUUUCUUGCUUCGACGUUUGAAAGAGGAGGUCUUGAAUGACCUCCCGCCCAAGAUCCUUCAGAACUAUUACUGUGAUCUCAGCGAUCUGCAGAAGCGGCUGUUUGAGGACUUUUUCAAGAAGGAGAAGAAGACGGUGGAGAACAGCGUCGGCUCAGGUGAUAGAGAGGCUAAGCAACACAUCUUCCAGGCUCUUCAAUACAUGCGGAAGCUCUGCAACUCCCCUGCACUUGUCGUCAAAGAAGGGAACAAACAGUACGAUGCCAUCCAGAAGCAGCUUGCAGCGUCGAAGUCUAGUCUGCGGGAUAUCGCACACGCGCCAAAGCUGGGGGCGCUGCGGGAUUUGCUGGUCGACUGUGGCAUCGGCGUUUCGAAUGAGUCGAAUGAUAUGUCGGCGUCGAACUACGUGUCGCAGCACCGCGCGCUGAUCUUCUGUCAGAUGAAAGAGAUGCUCGACAUGGUACAGACGGAGGUCCUCGGCAAACUUCUCCCGUCUGUACAAUUUCUGCGACUUGACGGGAGCGUGGAGGCCACCAAACGCCAGAACAUUGUCAACCAGUUCAACAACGACCCCAGCUAUGACUGUCUACUAUUGACCACCAGUGUUGGAGGUCUCGGCUUGAACCUCACAGGGGCCGACACGGUCAUCUUCGUCGAACACGAUUGGAAUCCGCAGAAAGAUAUUCAGGCAAUGGACCGAGCUCAUCGGAUCGGCCAGAAGAAGGUCGUCAACGUGUACCGUCUCAUCACCCGCGGCACCUUGGAAGAGAAGAUUCUCAGCCUUCAGCGAUUCAAGAUCGACGUGGCAUCCACGGUAGUCAACCAGCAGAACGCGGGCUUGGGCAGUAUGGAGACUGACCAGAUCCUCGAUCUGUUCAAUCUAGGAGAGCCAUCGGAGAGUAGCGGGGAAGGCGGCGUUACGAGGGAUGAAGACAUGGUUGACCUGGAAACGGGUGAGGUCAAGAAGAAAGGAGAAAAGGGAUGGCUUGACGAUGUCGGCGACCUGUGGGAUGAGCGGCAAUACGAAGAGGAGUUCAAUCUAGACUCGUUUGUGCAGAACCUGCAAAAAUAG